AUGGCCGACUUUCCCCAGCGCAGCAAGGCUUUCGACCCCAUGGCGUACCGCAGCCAGGCUGCUUACAAUGCCUCCAUGGCCCGUCGCCAGUCCAACGACCAGCCCAAGCCGUCCGAACCCCCGAAUUCGUCCAAGCCGACGACCUACAGCAGUCAAGCCGUCCACAAUGACUCGCAUCGUCAAUCCAACGAGAAGCCCUCCGAGCUGGCAAAGUCGUUCAACAAGAUGACCUACCGCAGCCAAGCCACCCCCAGUGCCUCGCGUGGACAGUUCAAGCAGCACGUCGGACCCGCCAAGUUGUCCAAGCCGAUGACCAACCGCAACCAAGCCGCCUGUGACGCCUUGCGCGGAAAAUCCAACGAAAAGCCUUCCGAGCGCACCGAGACCUUCAACAAGAUGGCAUACCGCAGCCAGCCGGCGAUCAACGCCUCCCGUGGUUUUCCCAACAAGAAGCACUCUGAGCCAGCCAGGUUGCACCAGCCCCGUGCCGCCCAGAAGACCAACACACAGCAUUACCGCUCUGCGAAGAAGACCACCAACGCGGAGGAGCAGGCUAAGGAGGACGACUACGUUAAGCAGUGGUUUGCGGAAGCCAAUGCCGACUACGAGGCGGCCAAGAAGAAGGGCGAGUUUGACAACUACGUCCCGGCCGCCGGCCGCGCUCCGGACUUCACCAAGUUCCGACAGAUGUUCGACACCAACGGCAAGCCCGUCAACGGCCUUGGCAACUCCAGACAUGCCCCAAAGACACCUGAGGCUGACGAGCCUGAGAAGAAGUGA